AUGCAGCCUUCGUACAAGCAGAAUCUGGGCCUCGACACCGUCGACCACGGCUUCUACGGCACCAUGAUCAACGGCAUCGGCGCCGUCGCCGGCUUCUUCGGACAGCUUCCCUUCUGCUUCUGCUGCCCCAAUCCGUUCAAGGAGGUCCAGCAGGGCAGUGUCGGCCUCGUCACCCGCUUCGGGCAGUUCUACCGCAGCGAGGACCCCGGUCUCGUCCAGAUCAACCCUUGCAGCGAAAACCUUCGGUCAGUGGACGUAAAAAUUCAGAACUCUACUAUCCCUCAUCAAACAGCGAUUACCCGUGAUAGUGUCUCCAUUGGGCUCGAAUCGACGAUCUUCUGGCACGUCUCCAACCCGUACAGGGCGGCGUUUGGCAUCACGGACGUGCGCUCUGCGCUGAUCGAGCGAGCGCAGACGACGCUGCGCAACGUGGUGGGCGGACGUACGCUGCAGUCGCUCGUGACGGACCGCGAGCAGGUGGCGCUGGAGGUGCAGGAGAUCGUGGGCGACAUUGCGGACCGAUGGGGUGUGCAGGUCGAGUCGAUCCUGAUCAAGGACAUCAUCUUCUCCAAGGAGCUGCAGGAGUCGCUCAGCUCUGCGGCCAAGCAGAAGCGUAUCGGCGAGUCCAAGGUGAUCGCUGCGCAGGCCGAGGUGGACGCUGCCCGUCUGAUGCGACAGGCUGCCGACAUUCUUGCGUCCAAGAGCGCCAUGCAGAUCCGCGCGCUCGAGAGUCUGCAGGCGAUGGCCAGGACGGCCAACAGCAAGGUCAUCUUUGUGCCCAUGAACCUCACCGACCUCAACGGCGACUCGCUGCCUCCCGGAGGCACCGGCCCGGGCGCCAACGUGGCUCCGGCCGCGAGCGGAUCGCAGGGUGCUCAGUCCGGCACCAUGCUGAACACCGCUGCUCUCACCCAGCUUGCCGAGAUGUAA